CCACCCCCAUCCCCACCCAGACUCCCGCUGUUCUGCCCUGGGGCAGCCUCUCCAGUGCCUGCGCCACAGUCCUGGGAGAGCCGCGGGGAGACUCGCAGCUCCGCGGGGCACGGGCUCUCAGCUCCGGGCUGUGACCACGCUCUGCUCCCCUGCGCUGCGCUGCACUGUGUGCGGGCCGCUUCGUGAUGAGGGUCCUGGGUGGGCGCUGCGGGGUGCUGCUGGCAUGCCUCGCCUUAGUACUUCCCGUCUCGGAGGCCAACUUUUUGACAAAGCAGCAUGCUUCACAAGUCCUGGCUAGGAAACGUCGUGCAAAUUCAAUGUUUGAAGAAACCAAAAAGGGUAACCUUGAAAGAGAAUGCAUUGAGGAGCUGUGCAAUAAAGAAGAAGCUAGGGAGGUCUUUGAAAAUGAGCCUGAAACGGAAUAUUUUUAUCCGAAAUACUUAGGAUGUCUUGGCUCUUUCCGAACUGGAAUGCUCAUGGCUGCCCGUCAGACAAUUAGUGCUUAUCCUGACCUAAGAAGCUGUGUCAAUGCCAUUCCGGACCAGUGUAACCCUCUCCCAUGCAAUGAGGAAGGAUAUGCCAAGUGCAAAGAUGGCCAAGCUUCAUUCACUUGUAUUUGCAAACCAGGCUGGCAUGGGGAGACAUGUGAAUUUGAUAUAAAUGAAUGCAGAGACCCCUUAAAUAUUAAUGGAGGUUGCAGUCAGAUUUGUGAUAACACACCUGGAAGCUACCACUGUUCCUGCAAAACUGGUUUUGUUAUGCUUGCCAACAAAAAGGAAUGUAAAGAUGUGGAUGAAUGUUCUAAAACUCCAGGCAUUUGUGGCACAGCUGUGUGCAAGAACAUCCCAGGAGACUAUGAAUGUGAAUGUGCUGAAGGCUACAGAUAUAAUCCCAUGUCAAAAUCUUGUGAAGAUGUGGAUGAAUGCGCAGAGAAUAUGUGUGCUCAGCUAUGUGUCAAUUACCCAGGCAGUUACUCUUGUUAUUGUGAUGGGAAGAAAGGAUUCAAACUUGCUCAAGAUCAGAAGAGCUGUGAGGCAAUUCCCAUCUGCCUCCCCUUGGACCUUGACAAAAAUUUUGAAUUACUUUAUUUGGCAGAGCAGUUUGUAGGAGUUGUUUUAUAUUUAAAAUUUCGUUUGCCAGAAAUUACCAGAUUUUCAGCUGAGUUUGAUUUCCGGACGUAUGAUUCAGAAGGUGUUAUCCUGUAUGCAGAAUCUCUUGAUCACUCUGCUUGGUUUCUGAUUGCACUUCGUGAUGGAAGGAUUGAAAUUCAGUUUAAGAAUGAGUAUGCAACCAAAAUCACAACUGGAAGCAAAGUUAUUAAUAAUGGACUAUGGAAUGUGGUCUCUGUGGAAGAAUUAGAACACAGUAUUAGUGUUAAAAUAGCUAAAGAAGCUGUGAUGAAUAUAAAUAAACCAGAAAGCCUUUUUAAGCCUACAAAUGGAUUUCUAGAAACCAAAGUAUAUUUUGCAGGAUUACCUCGCAAAAUGGAGAGCACACUCAUUAAACCGAUUAACCCUCGUCUAGAUGGCUGCAUCCGAGGCUGGAAUUUGAUGAAUCAAGGAGCUUCUGGAGUAAAAGAAAUUAUUCAAGAGAGACAAAAUAAGCAUUGUCUUGUCAGUGUGGAGAAAGGUUCCUACUAUCCUGGCACUGGAGUUGCUCAGUUUAUCAUAGAUUAUAAUAAUAUAUCCAAUGCUGAGUCUUGGCAAGUAAAUGUGACAUUGAAUAUUCGUCCAUCUGCGGGCACAGGUGUUAUGUUUGCCUUGGUUUCUGGUAAUAGAGUGCCUUUUGCCUUGUCCUUGGUGGACUCAGCCUCUGGGAAAUAUCAGGAUAUCCUCGUAUCUAUUGAAAAUACGGUGAUAUUUCGGGUAGAGGCCCUGAAUUUGUGUGCCAGUCAGCAAACACAUCUGGAAUUCAGAGUGAACAGAAACCAUCUAGAGCUGUGGACUUCAAAGAAAAAUGAUAUUAUUUACUUUAAAGACCUUCAAAAAUACCUUACCAUCUUGGACAAAGCAAUGCAAAGAAGAAUGGACACUUACCUGGGUGGCAUUCCAGAUGUUUCAUUCAGUUCCACACCAGUGAAUUCCUUUUACAAUGGCUGUAUGGAGGUGAACAUUAAUGGAAUACCAGUCGAUCUCGAUGAAGCCAUUUCGAAACAUAAUGAUAUAAGAGCUCACUCAUGCCCGUCAGUCUGGAAUAACACAGAGAAUUCUUAAGGUGUCUCUUCUCUGCUGAUAUCUUCUUCCUGUAUGUAAUUAUCGUUGUGUUUCAGUAAUAACUGAAAAAAAAUUUUUUACCUAUAAUGUGCAGACCUUGAUAAUUUUGUGGUUCUUUGACCUUCCUGGAAUUAUCAGAGGUUCUGUUUCAAGAAAACAAGAUUCUUUUGUGACAAAAAUCACAUGAAAUAAAAUUCUUAUCUUUAUUGCUAUCUAGAAAUUUAAUGAAGAAACACAAGAAAUUUUUCAAUUUUUUAUAGAAAUUAUAUUUCUUUAUUUUUAUGUUUAUAAAAUUGUGUAAAGUAUAGUUUUACCAGCAUGAACUAAAGUUUAAGUGUAUAUUUUUCUGAGACAUCAAAAAAAGUACAUAACUAUUGAUCAGAGCAAAUACUUGUUUUUACUUUUCCUAAUGAAUGCAAAAGGGACAAUGACUUAAUUAACUGAGUGGAAGGCCUUUAAGCUUUAUUCCAGCAAAAUUUAUCAGGGGCAUUAUUCUUUCACAUGGCUUCACAUUAGAAACAGUCACUCUACUGAAUUUGAGAAAUAAGUUGGUCUUCUUUUCAGUAGAGCAGUCAUGAAUAUUGCUGGUUAAUAUAACAAAAUUAUAUGAGAAUGAGGUACUAGGCUGUAUUGGAACAGAUAUGGGAAUCUGGAGUGGUAUAGUCCUUAAAUUUUUUCUGUAGUCCACACAGUCUCUAAGUUAGAAAAGCCAGAAUCUUGAAUAAUAUGUAAGCUCAUAUUUUGUCUAGAGUCCCACUUUAAUUCCUGGAGUAAGAAUGUUAUUGUUAAGGAUAAAAGGAACCAUGAAAACUAGAGCAGUUUGUAGUAAAAGGAUAGCCACAGAAGAGAUUUUAUUAAUAUUGUGUUGUUGUGAUGAAAGAAGUAAGGAGGUAAGAUUAUCAUGUUUUUCCUGUUCAUGCAUUUCUAGUGGCAGUUUUGUCAUUCCAACCCUACCAUUCACAUUAAGAAUGCAAUAGAUGUUUUAUUAACAGUUUGAGAAAGUAAGCAUUUAUUGUCCUAUAUAAGUAUUUUACAUCAUGUAAAUGAAAUCUAUGUCAGCUUUUUGGAAAAAAAAAACACACAAAUUACAUAAUAAAUUUAUAGACCUUCCUGCAGCACAGUUCUUUAGUUGAAAGGUAAGUCUGAAAUAUUUGAUUCGUCAUUGUGAAUGGAAGGUAUACAUAGUAUUAAUGCAUUUCUCUUUACUGUUUCUCUCAUCUUUUGCAUGGUAAUGUGUGUGCUUAGCACGAAUGUCACUGCCCGGCCCCCUGUCCUUUGUUUCUUACUAGCUGUCCCACCAUAUAAUAAAUUCUAUGUUGUUUGAUUAAAUAUUUUAUCUAGAUCUGCUUACAA